AUGGCCUCAUCUCAAGAACAACCCUCAGUGUUUUUCCUCGCUUAUGUCGUUCUCGUGCUUAUGCAAGAAUUGCCAUGUCUUGCUUCAUCUCGAAGCUCUUCUCUAGUGGCCCUUGCGGGUGCUAGUAACCAAACGAGAAAUGGGGAAGCGGAGGCACUCCUAACAUGGAAGUCUAAGCUAGACAGCCAGAGCCGCUCCACUUUGUCUUCGUGGAUUGGAAGCAACCCUUGUUCAUGGCGCGGGAUCGAUUGUGAUCCUCUAGGCAGCAUCGCGAGCUUGAACCUUUCAGAUUCUGCCAUAUGUGGUACGCUUCAUCAUCUUAAUUUCUCCCAGUUGCCUAGCUUGGCCGCUCUAAAGCUUGCCAACAACUCGCUCUUCGGUCCUAUCCCUCAAGAAAUUGGAAACCUCUCAUCUCUCUGGACACUCGAUCUCUCUGAGAAUAACUUUAGUGGCUGUAUACCUGAUGCAAUAGGAAAGUUGGGAAAUUUGGCGAACUUACUCCUCAAUGAGAACAAUAUCUCUGGCUCCAUUCCUUCCAGUAUAGGAAACUUAAGCAAGCUCACUCAGUUGAAUCUACGAGCGAACAAUCUGAGGGGCUUUCUUCCUACCGGGAUGAAUAAUCUCACAUUCCUCACAUAUCUACGGCUAUCUCAUAACGAUCUGGUUGGCCAAUUGCCACAAGAAAUAUGCAGUAGCCAGGCUCUUGAAUUUUUGAGUGCAUCAAAUAAUCACUUCAGUGGACCCAUCCCAAGAAACUUGAAAAAUUGUUCGAGUUUGCGUAGAGUUAGGCUCCAAAAGAACUUGCUCAAGGGAAAUAUAGCCGAUGCUCUUGGUGUGUACCCCUACCUGUAUUAUGUCGAGUUGAGCGACAAUGAACUUUACGGUGAGUUACCACCGACAUUGGGUGACUGUAAAAAUUUGACGAGCUUGAAAAUCUCCAACAAUAAAAUCUCUGGCACCAUACCACCUCAGCUUGGGAACAUGAAUCAGCUGGUCAUACUCGACCUCUCUUUAAAUAAUAUUGCUGGGGAAAUUCCUAAAGACCUAGGAAAAUUGAAGUUGCUGCUAGAGCUUUUAUUGGAAUGCAACUAUCUUGGAGGCCACAUCCCUCAAGAACUUGGAGCAUUGUCCAGUCUACAAAAACUCAACAUUGCAGGAAACAACUUGGGUGGCUCGGUUCCUAGACAACUUGGGGAGUGUUCGAAGCUUCAAUUUUUUAAUUUAAGCAGAAACAGCCUUGGCACAAGUAUUCCCGACGAGAUCAGCAAGCUUCAAUCUCUUGAAGUUCUCGAUCUGAGUCAAAAUUUGCUCACAGGAGAAAUACCUGGAAAACUUGGGCUAUUGCACAAAUUGGAGACACUCAAUCUCUCACAUAAUCAGCUCUCCGGUUCCAUUGCGUCGACCUUUGAUGAUAUGGCAAGCUUGACGUCAAUUGACAUAUCGUACAAUGAGUUAGAGGGUGCCUUACCAGAAAUUCCAGCCUUUCGCAAUGCUACAAUUGAAGUUGUGAGAGGAAACAAAGGCUUGUGUGGAGUUAUUGCUAGUCUCAAAUCCUGUACAGAAAAAACAUCGAAAGUAUUGGAUGCCGAAGAGUAA